GCCCGUGCCUGCGUGGCCCACGGCAGGCCGGCUGGGAUCCCCCUCCCCUCAUGCCUGGCUGUGUAGCCACAGGUGUCCCCAGGAGCACCGUGGCAGUGGCCAUGGAGACCGUGCCUGUGCCAACCAUCGUGUAUGCGGUGCUGGGGACGCUGCUGUGCCUGACCCUGGGUGUCCUGGCCGUGCUGCUGUGCCGCGCCCGUGCCCGGCAGCGAGGUGCUGGCAGAGCUGCAGAUGCCAUCUCCAACGCUGUCUACGAGGAGCUCAAUUACAGCGCCAUGCCGGAGUACCUGGAGGUGCCCAGUCGCCCAGUCCCUGCAGGUUCCCUGACGAAGGGAUCGGUGCAGAAGCUGCCAUACUACACCGGGGACAGCAUGGAGGGCAGUGAGAGCGAGGCAGCCCCAGAGCCCCCUACCUUGCCCGAGUUGGGAACCCUGGAUGGCUAUGACGAUGCCCUGGACGUGCCAGAGGAGCCCCCAGCUCCCAGCACUGGGGACAUGUCUGAGGGAGUGGUACAGCAGAGGUGGAUCCGUGUCCUCCCCGCAGGUGGGAUGCACUCCCCUCCAAUUCCCCCAGGAGCCUCCAGGGAGCCCUCAGAAGAGCCCCCAGGGCACAUGGACUAUGAUGAUGUGGGCAGCAGCGCAUCGGGAACGUUGCCAUGAGGAUGGCCUGGCCAUGCCACAGCCCUGGGGACACUGUGUGGCUUUGUGGUGGGCUCCUGUCCCCAGGGAGGGGUGGCCAUGGCCACAGAGCUCUGUCCAGCCCUGCAGGGAAACAGCUCCUGUGUAGGAAUUUUCUUUGAUUUCAUUGUGAAUUUCCCUUUUUUCCUAUUAAAACCCAGACUGGUCAGGGAUUCACUCCCAA